AAAAUGGCCGCGUCCGGGCGACUCGAGCGGAGCGUGGCGUGAGCCCUCGCGGGGCCAGCGAAGAGCCGCGGAGGCCGCGGCUGCACGGAGGCGCGCGUAAGAUACACAUUAUUGAAAAAUGACAUUUUAAUUUAAGGCUCAAGAUGGAAAAUCAUGAACCAGAUGGUACUAUCAUCAAGGAGAACUUAAUUGAUAUCAUAGCCAGAAAAAUUAACCAACUCCCAGAAGCAGAAAGGAAUCUGCUUGAAAAUGGAUCAACUUAUGUUGGACUUAAUGCUGCUCUCUGUGGCCUAAUAGCAAAUAGCCUUUUUCGACGCAUCUUACAUGUGACACAGGCUCGUAUAGCUGCUGGCUUACCAAUGGCAGUGAUCCCAUUUUUGACAGCAAAUGUAUCUUACAAAGGUUUUGUAAGUUUACCUUUGAAUACAGGUGAUCUGCAUUGUGAAACAUGCACCGUAACACGAGGCGGAUUGGUUGGUCUUGUUUUUGGUGGCCUGUACCCUGUUUUCUUGGCUAUCCCUGUGAAUGGUGGCCUAGCAGCUAGGUAUAAUUCAGCCCUGCUACCAGAGAAAGGAAACAUCUUCAAUUACUGGAUUAGGAUUUCUAAGCCUGUCUUUAGAAAGAUGUUAUUUCCCAUUUUGCUCCAGACUGGGUUUGCUGCAUACCUCGGGUCUAGACAAUAUAAACUACUUAUAAAGGCUCUUCAGUUACCAGAACCUGGCCUAGAAAUUGAGUGAUUGUUAAGCGAAUCUGUACACAAAAAUAAAACUAUAAAAAUAACCUACAUCUGAUUAUGAAUAAACAGAGACUUGUACA